UUUGCUGCUCGUUACUGAAGUUUUGUCACAAAGUCUGGAGAGAGAACGUCUUUAACAGGUGCGAUACAGACCAUGACACCGUAUGUCAGUACGCUCCCGAGGUGGUCUGAGUUACAGACAUUACUACUGGUCAUCUGCUGUGUGGUCAAUGAUGGUCAAUCUGUGGAAGUUUCCACGACCCUCGGUCCGAUCCGAGGGUUCAGCACGGCCCUGGGUGACGGUACCGUCCUGAACACCUUCCUCGGCGUGCCCUUCGCAGCUCCCCCGACAGGAGACCUCAGGUUCCGCCCUCCUCAGCCGCAAGAGCCCUGGACAGACAUCUUUGACGCUACAAGGUUCGGCCCGGCGUGUCUGCAGUUCCCCAGGGCGGCAACAACAGCACUGCAUGCUUAUGACCCCGGUCUGGACGGCGUCAGUAUUUCUGAAGACUGCCUGAACUUGAACGUGUAUGCUCCCAAGGUGUCAGACGGUGACCCUUUGCUUCCCGCCAUGCUCUACAUCUAUGGCGGUGCUUACCUUUUCGGAGCCAACAAGAUGUAUGACGGAAGUUUUCUGGCACAGAAAGGAGUCAUCGUCGUUAUCCCCAACUAUCGCCUCGGCACUCUAGGAUUUUUCAGCACCGGAGAUUCUAGUGCCCCAGGGAACUAUGGGAUGUUGGACCAACUCGAGGUUAUGAAAUGGGUUCGUGACAACAUCCGGGCAUUUGGAGGUAACCCCGAUCGUGUGACCAUAUUUGGUCAAAGUUCGGGGGCAGCGAGUGCAUCUCUACACCUGUUAUCUCCGCUCAGUAGAGACUAUUUUCAUCAGGUUAUUCUACAGAGCGGCGCCUCGACCAGUCCCUGGGCCGUCCUACUGCCGGAGUAUGAACCUCAGAAGUACACAGACGAGCUGGCCAGACAGACGGGCUGUAGUACGCAGUCAGCUCAGAAGUUAGUUGGCUGUCUAAGAGAGAAGACUGCUGAAGAGGUUUCCCAUGCAGAUGUUGGCAAGCCGUACCCGAUGUUGUCUUCUGCCUGGGCGCCUGUAGUGGACGGUCCCGGUGGCUUCCUGCCCGCCCGCCCGCGGGACUUACUGGCCAUGGGACGGUUCACCGAGGUCCGCCUCAUGGCGGGCUGCACUACGGACGAGCGCGCCAGAGACCUGGCAAACAUUCCUGGAGUAGAGAACGGAGUAAGUAGAGACCGCUUUGUUGACGACCUGGCCGAGUUUGUGCGAAGAUUCCCGACAAACAGCGACUUCAUUUCCGACGCACUUCUUCAUGGCUACACGGACUAUGAGUCCAUCGACGAUCCUAUAAUAACCAGAGACAACUACAUACAGCUCCUGUCUGACUAUCGGUACAUCGCGCCGGUGGAGGAGGUGUUACUGAAGAUGUCGGCAGGGGGCGUUUCAACCUACAAGUACAGCUUCGGUUAUCAACCCAACCCGGACAGAUGGCCGUCAUGGCGAGGAGUGCCCCAUGCGGCAGAACUCCGCUUUCUGUUCAACAUAACGUCUCAGUUUGUGGACGGCGCGCCCACAGCGGCUGACAUGGACAUGCAGGACAAGAUGGUCACACUGUGGACCAACUUCGCCAAGACAGGAAAUCCAACACCAUCUCCUGUCGAUGGAGUCACGUGGCAGCCGUUCACCAAUGAGACAAGAGCCCAUCUGAUGAUUGACAGGCCGCUGUCGAAUGGGCGGUUCCUCCAGACCAGGCGCAUGGAACUCUGGGACAACGUCAUCAAGAAAAUGGCGGAAACGGACACCUGUGAGAAGGACGGAGUGACCAGUAACGGACACACGGUUCCCACCGCUGUGGCCAUGGUUCUCAUGGCAUCUCUAAUUACAGUCAAACUUGUUUAAGACGCCCACCUAGGGCAGGGGACCAAGGGAAACUGGUCCUCUUAUACAGAAAGCAUGGUGGCAACAUUGCAGCAAUAUUUCCACCCAUUUUACAAUAUAUUGCCUCAUUGAACCAAAAUGACCCAUUUUUCAUUGCGCAAAGAGUGUCUAAUGCUGUCAAAGACAAUUGCAAACUGUCCUAUUCCAGCAAGUUUCGCCCCAACACUUGAAAAUGACGCGAUAAUGUCAUAGGCAGAGAUUGGGUCAUGUACAGUUCUAAAUCUCGGUCGUGUUUGUCAAGUGGUUGGCUCAGUCAGGCAAGUCUCUUGAUGCUUACUAGUAACUCUAUGGGUAAGAAUUAUGACCAGAAACUAGGAGGGCUUAUAGAGGUGGUUUGUGCAAUAUUAUUCGAGGCCCGUAUUCUUUCUGUUUUAUGUUAUUUGCCCUUAAAUGUGAUUGUAUAGUUUGAAAUUACAAUGUUUUAACACUUUUAACUUAAAAGUCAUAUUUUGACAUACCGAUUAAAGGUUUUGACUGCUUA